CCUGCCAAACAAACAACUCAGAGGAGAAAACAGACAACAGCUUGAGGAACUGGCUACUUUCUCUACAGCCAUGUUGGAUACAACUAAGUUUAAUAAUUGGAAUUUGCAUUCAAAUUAAAGAGGAAGUUCUUUGAUCGUUUGAUUACUUUACAGCACCUCUGACGCACAGGACUGCAGAAAAUAAACACUGAGGAGCUCUGUAAGACCAUGGACUCUAAGAUCGGCUCUGAAAUAUAAAACAGAGGAACUCCAGAGCUAAACAAUGAGGAUGAGGAGGUGGUGGUUGUGCUUGUGUACCUUUGGGAUUAUAAUUCUUACUCCAUGCCAGGGCAUCCAAAGUUGUAUAGAUGGGACUACAAUCAAUGUGAUCGUCCUGAAUGAUGAUGUGUCUCCUUGGAGUCUGAAGUUUGUAGAAGGAGAAGUACUGAAGGCCAUGGAGACGGAUGCAGUCAUCAACGAGGCACAGGGUUUGAAGUUUAAUAUGACAACUAAGUUUGGUGGCUUCAACUCGAUGUUUUAUCAUAACAGUGGCUGCGAGAGUAACGCGUGUGAAGGAGUGGACCAGCUAAAAAAAUUCAUGAAUACAAGCACCCUUGGAUGUGCAGUUCUUGGACCCACCUGCACCUAUGCUACUUUUCAAAUUGUUGAUGCUGAUAAAGGUCUGAAGCUCAGCACUCCCCUCAUCUCACCAGGGAGUUUUGGCUCCUCUGUUGAUUUUGAAGGAAACCUUCAGCGCAUUCUGCCACCUGCGCGCAAAAUCUCAAAUUUUAUGAUCCACUUCUGGAAACACAGUGACACAGUCAAGCCUAAAUGGGACACAGCCUAUGUGUACAAGAAAGCAGACAACACUGAGGAUUGCUUUUGGUAUAUAAAUGUAUUGGAUGUAAGCACAGGGGAGUUUGCAAAAAAUGUUUCGAGAACGAGGCUGCACAAACCAAAGGAUCUGACAGAGGUUCUUGAAUCACCUGAAAAAAGGACAAGCAACUUGUUCAUCAUGUGUGGAUCACCAAAGGACGUGAUCGAGGUGAAAAAUGGCUCCAAAGAAGCAGACAGCAGUGAUAUUGUCUUCAUCCUUAUUGAUCUUUACAAUGACAUUUACUACAACUCACCCUCAAUGCCAUCCAUGAAGAAUGUGUUAGUGCUGACGAUGCCUAACACCAGAACCUACAUUAUCAACCCAGACCCAAAGAGCAGCAACAUGAUGAAUGAUUACAUGGCAGCGUACCAUGAUGCAGUGCUGCUAGUAGGAGAGAGGAUAAGGGACAUCUUAAAAAAAAAUCCCACAGAGAUACAGCACAUGGAAUAUGUCAAUGCCAAUUACUUCAGAAACAUAACCUUUAGUGGACGUGCUGGAACCUACAAACUAGACGAGUAUGGAGACAGAGACGUGAACCUCUCAGUAAUUUACACUGACAUUAAUAACAAGUAUCAACUUCUAUACACUUUUAACACUGAGCACAACUAUACUGAGCUGAAAGAGAUGAACUCUUCAUUCCUCUGGGGAAGAAGACUCCCUAACUCCUCUCCAGCCAAAGGCCUGGCUUUUCACGACAUCCUCGUCAUCGUGUUGGCCGUUACAGUAGUUGUGGUUGCCACCAUAGCCUUCAUUUUCUACAGGCCUGGCACAAUUGUUUCAGACUGGAGCUUUGCAAGAUGGAUUUACCUGAUGGCAAGACAUGGAAUCUGGCUGUGUCUGUCAGUAUGUCUCUCCAUCCGCUUUGCAAGCCAGAACAGGAGAGAUCGUAAAGUCAGAAAGCGGUGGUCCUACAUCCCCUCACACUUCAUCACACUGCUGGAGAACAACGAACACAACGUCAUCUCCCUAAAGAUUGAAGACACAAAGAAAAAGAAUUUCACAAUCCGCCGAGCUCUCUACGACAAAAAGAUUGUGAUCCUGAAGGAGCUGAAGCAAUCAGACGGGAACUUCAGCGAGACCCAGAGCAUCGAGCUGAACGCACUCCUGCGGAUCGAUUAUUACAACCUUACAAAGUUUUACGGCACAGUGAAGUUCGAUCAGGGCGUGUUUGGAGUGUUUGAAUAUGGAGAGAGGGGGUCACUCAGGUAUGUCCUGAAUGACAAGAUCUCAUACCCAGAGGAGACCUUCAUGGACUGGGAGUUCAAGAUCUCCGUCAUGUUUGACAUUGCCAAGGGCAUGUCAUACCUCCAUGCCAGUGACAUCCAGGUUCACGGCCGCCUCAAGUCCACAAACUGUGUGGUGGAUAAUCGUAUGGUGGUGAAGAUCACAGAUUUUGGCUGCAACAGCUUCCUCAGCCAAGGCAAAGACCUAUGGACAGCUCCAGAGCACCUGAGGAAGCAGGGCACCUCUCAGAAAGGAGACGUGUACAGCUUCGCCAUCAUCUCUCAUGAGAUCAUCCUCAGAAAGAACACUUUUUACACAGAGUGCUGCCCUGACAGAGCAGAGAAGCUCUCCAGAGUCAUCUCGUCCUACUUCAGACCGGAUCUGAACUUGGAGACGGCAUCAGAGAGAGAGUCAGAGGUGUACAUGUUGAUCAAAAGCUGUUGGGAUGAAGAUCCAGAAAAAAGACCCGACUUUAAGAAAAUAGAGAACUGUCUUGGGAAGAUCAUUAGUAAAAUCCAUAACCAGGACAAUGAGAGCUACAUGGACAACAUGAUCAAACGUCUGCAGAGCUAUUCCAAAAGCCUUGAGCACCUGGUGGAGGAGAGGACGGUACUCUACAAAUCUGAGAGGGACAGAGCAGACCGCCUCAACUUCAUGCUGCUUCCUCGCCCUGUGGUAAAAAGCCUGAAGGAGACCGGCGUGGUGGAGCCCGAGCUGUACGAUGAGGUGACGAUAUAUUUCAGUGACAUCGUCGGCUUUACCACUCUGUGCCAGUACAGCACACCCAUGGAAGUGGUGGACAUGCUCAACGACAUCUACAAGGGCUUUGACAGCAUUGUUGACCACCAUGAUGUUUACAAAGUUGAGACUAUCGGCGACGCCUACAUGGUGGCCUCUGGGCUUCCCAAUAGAAAUGGAAACAGACAUGCUGUGGAUAUCUGCCGCAUGGCGCUGGAGAUCUUGGCCUUCAUGGGUACCUUCCAGCUUCGACACCUGCCUGGUAUCCCAGUGUGGAUACGCAUUGGUGUCCACUCAGGUCCCUGUGCAGCAGGAGUUGUAGGCUUAAAGAUGCCCAGAUAUUGUUUAUUUGGAGACACAGUCAACACAGCGUCUCGUAUGGAGUCUACAGGUCACCCUCUGCGGAUCCACGUCAGUGAGCCAACUAUAAAUAUCCUGCAGAGGACAGACUGCAAAUUUGAGCAUGAGAUCAGAGGAGAAACAUAUCUGAAGGGUAAAGGAACAGAAACAACAUACUGGCUGACAGGUGAGACAGGCAAAGACUACGACCUUCCAACUCCUCCCACAACAGAGAACUUCCAGCGGCUCCAACAGGAUCUGGCUCACAUGAUCCUGGUGUGCCUGGAGCGCCGCUCUCGAGGAUCAGUCCGGAGGAGGAAGGAGCCACACUCAAGUCAGAGCGCAGAGGACGACCAGGGCCAGGACUCUGAGGUGGAGUCUGAGGGGGAGCAUCCUGAGUACCUGCAGCUGGCCUCUGUGGACAACACCCUCAGCACGUUUCUGUAGCACAAACCUGCUGCAGAUUAGACUGUUAAACUCUGACUUUAUGCAAGAAGACUUUUCAAUCAGAAAACAAAAGAACAUUUUUUAUGUUUCAUUCAUUUGAAGCUUGACGGCACUUACAAGGAACAGAAAUGGCUGUUGUUUAAGUUCACAUGGAGCUUUUCUGGAUAAAUUCUUCAUUCAAAUAUGUUCUUUAUAACUGGGUCACUCUUUUUGUAAUACUUGAUUGCAACUUCUUCUAGUGCUAAAUGCUUGGCUCAUAUUUUAGGAGGGAAAUGAUGAUCAGAUCUCUGUAAACACACUUAAAUAUCUGUAGGAAUCAAUUGGUGACAUACACGAACAUCAGGCCUUGAUUACACUUGCAGCUAAAUGAAGCUUUAUUCACUAAGGAGGAAGAAUCACAUGCAGCAGCAACCUUUGGGACACACUCCCCUUGCUUCCACA